AUGUCUGUGGACGCGACAGCGACCGGCAGCAACUUCGUUCAAGGUACCAUUACCAAGAACGGUGUUAGAGUUACCAAAGAGAGGCAGGCCAAGGAGACUAUUCAAGCUCAACUCCCAGCCGGUACUACAUGCACUGGCGGUUCCACAGGCAACAAAUGCAUCACGCAAUUCUUGAACGCCGCAAGUCAGAAAUUUGGUAAUUGUGUCGUGGCGGUGCCAAUGCGAACGCAAACGCAAACGCAAAUGCCAACACAAACGCUUCUGCAGGCGGUGCCGCCGCAAACAGCAACGCCUAGGCCAACGGCUAGAGUCGCUACCGUCAAUACCAACAACCGGAACAAGUCGGCGACAAAUCGUAUGGGCACCGCACAGCGAACGAAGACGAACACCAACAAUAGGACGGCCAAUAACAAGAAUCGCGUCGCCAAAACCAGGGUUCAGGCCAAUGCCAAUGCCAACGCCAACGCGAGUGCUCAGGCGAAACUUGCCAAAGCUGGGGCCAACGCUCAGGCCAAAGCAAGCGCUAACGCCAACGCCAACGCCCAGGCCCAGGCCAAUGCCCGCGCCAAAUCCACCGCCCAAGCCAACGCCAACGCUCGUGCUAAGUCUACUGCUCAGGCCAAUGCCAAUGCCCGCGCCAAAUCCGCCGCUCAGUCCAACGCUAAUGCCAAUGUUCGCGCCAAAGCUUCUGCUCAAGCAAGCGCCAACGCCCGGGCCUCCGCCAAUGCUGCCGCCAACUCAAGAGCUCGCGCCGGUGCUUCUGCUCAAGCCAGUGCUAAAUCGUCUGCCUCAGCCAAUGCUGGUGGCCGCAACCGCAACACGAACUUCGUUUCCGCUUUGUCUUCAGCCGUCUCUGCAGGUGGCCGCACAACGCUGAGGACUGCCGUUAAUAACAAUGGCAACCGUGUCGCGGCAGUCAAGAGCUUCGGUCGCGCCCGACGAUCCUAUGUACGUGGCGCAGGACGAGAUAUCUAUAGUUGUCCUGUGCAACCCCGGGCCCGCCUUGAAUUGACCGUCGUGCGCGUGCGUGCGCGCGAGGGAGAUACGCCCGCGUCCCUGCAUUUCAGCAUCAUAGCGGCAUCGCCAACGAGUGGACGCUGUGGCAAAGGGGCCGUGACCAUGCUUCCACGAACAGCAACGGCUACGAGUACGACUAGCCUACAUUGCUUUGCUAUGGCCCUCAAGUUGCGGGGGUUAUCCUCGACGUUCCCGUUCGCGGCGACUACGUAUGGGAUCCAGACCGGUCGAUGCAGCGACGACGACGACGGCACUCAGAGACGGGCACAAAGAACGGAACUCACAGGCGCCCUCCUGCAGUCGUUUGGCGUCGUUCACAGUCAGUCGCAGCAACCGAAGAGCAACGAUGGCAAGCCGCGCAGCCAGGUGAAUUCGAAUGUGUCGAAUCCUGGCUUUCAUGAUAUUUACCCCGCCAGACUUCGCGACAUAUACGAUUCACUCCAAAAUGCCGACGCUUGUGCAGCCGUGACCUCCGAAUUGAUUGCAUUGCUGGACAAGAUUCCAGCUGGUUUGGCGGACCGUGUUCUUUCUUCCGCCCUCGAGGUCAAAACACGUCACUCCUCAAUCCCACAGCUAGACCUCCCCAGUCGCAAACGCGAAAUCGAGCUUUGUUUUCAGUCGCGCGGUUGA